GCAGAGCCCAAUCUUUCUUGUGGCACAACUACCAACACCUACACAUCUUCACGACAACAAGGGGAAGAAAGUAUUUUUCAACACUCACCAGAUUUAUCACCUGAUUGCAUUUUUUUUUCUCCCCGUUUUUGUUCAUUUGCUUUUAGGCCUUUAGGCUAAGAACAAAAAAAAUAAGAUGAUUGCUCUGUUUUUCUUUACAUUGGUGGUCUUUGCAAGCGGUCUACAUGCCGAACCGCAAGAUAGUGGAUCAAGAAUCAAGGUCUACGCCAACAGAGGUGACAAUAUCACUCUUCCCUGUAGACUGGAAGGUCAGUCCAGUUUGUUCGGAAACAGAAUCAAGUGGGCCAAAGUUGAGAAUGACUCUUCAGAAACCAAUGUGCUCAUCUCCAUGGGGCCCCACAAGAAGACCUAUGGAAGUUUCCAGGACCGCGUUUAUCUGUUGGAGGUGGAUGACAACGAUGGUACCUUGGUCAUUACAGACCUAGAUCUUAACGACUAUGGCACAUAUAGGUGUGAGAUCAUCAACGGCAUGAAUGAAAAUAUUGUUGAAGUGGACCUUGAAUUGCAAGGGGAAAAUUCACUUUCUUUCACAGGGGUUGUUUUCCCUUACUCCCCUCGUCUGGGACGGUACAACCUCAACUUCCAGGAUGCCGAGAGCGCAUGUCUGGAGCAGGACGCUGUGGUCGCCUCCUUCGAGCAGCUCUAUGAGGAAUGGAGAAACGGGAUGGAUUGGUGCAAUGCUGGCUGGCUCAAUGACGGAACCGUGCAGUACCCCAUCACCAAACCCAGAGAGCCCUGCGGAGGCGUGAGGACCUCAGCCGGACUGAGAAACUAUGGCCAACGGGACAAGUCCAACAGCCGUUAUGACGUGUUCUGCUUCACUGCCAGCCUUAAAGGACGUUUUUACUACCUGAUCCAGCCCGAGAAGCUAAACUUUGAUGAGGCCGUUGACAUGUGUAAGAGAGAUGGAGCUGAGAUCGCAAAGGUGGGCCAUAUAUACGCUGCCUGGAAGCUGCAGGGAUACGACCGGUGUGAUGCUGGUUGGUUGGCCGACGGCAGCGUCCGUUAUCCGAUCUCCAGGCCUAGGAAGAACUGCAGUCCCACCGAGGCUGCGGUUCGCUUUGUUGGCUUCCCCGACAAAAAGCAGAAGCUGUACGGUGUCUACUGCUUCAGACCUCAGCUGUGAAGCUCUUCACCUCACGUCACCAACCAAAGAGCAGCAAUACACAGGUUUUCACUUCCACACUUAUAAAGGACUUUUUGCAUGAAUUAGCCUUAACUGUGACAUUUAUUGAGAGGAUUCUCUAAAGACCAUACAUUCUCAAUAUUAACGUAAACAGUUAAUGUAUCUACCAUAUACAUUUUAUAUAGAUCUGUAAACCACAUGUAUGAACAUCAAAUUUGAGUUCAGAAAGGAUAUUCAGCUGAAAGAAAAUUUUAAGUCACAACAUUUUGAUCAAAUCCCAUUUUAGUAGGGUUAAGUGUGAGUUUGUCAAAAAUCUCCAUUGUGAUAUUGCGAUACAAUAUUUAAAUAUUACUAAAUUGUAUAAACUUGACAGAAAGUUUUUGAAACUUGCCCAAACAGAAAAGCAAAGGCACCGUAAAUGGACCUGACACCUUCCUUUUUCUAAAACACUUCUGUGAUCUUCUUCUUCACUUCUUCUUCUCGCUCAAAUGCUGAUUUCUUUAAAACUAUUUGUCUUGUGUGUUGGUGUAUUAUUCAAUGCUCUGAACUGUGAUCUGUAUCUGUUGAAAUAUAAAGUGAAUGUGUUUGGCCUGUUGUGUUACAAGGCUUUAUAUUCAUAACUAAUUCUAUUGUGUUAUUGUAACAAUUAUUCCUCGUGUCUACUCUUCGUUUGAAAUACUGUGAUGUAUAUUCUUACCUAUCUAAUCAAGCGUGUUAUUUUUCAGUUCUUAUCUUUUAUGGCCUUGACGUUUUGAAAAACUCUUUAAAUGUGUUUGUCCCUGCAUAGAUCUUGACAAGUAUUUCAUCACAGACAGUGACAGAAUUUGACAGACUGCUAAUGAUGAAUUGAACUUCAUUAUAUGGCAGAGAACCACAAAGUCAAUUUACACUUAGAGAUUCUUUAAGGACCCAGUUGUAUAUUCAACUAACUUCAAGACUUACUUUAGCCUAGUUGCUUUAGUGUAGAUAUGAAUAAGUCUGAUAUUGUAAUUCUGUGAGAAAGAGGAACAGCACUAAGAGCCAUGUACAACAUCAUGCCUAAGUUUGAUUCUAACAGUAACCUUGGACUGUUGUGACAGGCUAAGAGUGGAUAACUUAAUAUAAUGAGAUCUGUUUACUGAUGAAUAAAACAUCUAUUGCUUGCCACUUUGUGAUAAUAUAUGUUGUUUAUUUGAGGGGAAAAGAUUAUUCACUCAUAACUCCGCUUUGAACUGCAAGCCACAGUGCACAUAAGUGACAUUUUGUUUGAUUUUGUCUUUUUGUAUGCACAAAAUGUCUUUUUUUUUUUGUUUCAUGGGAAAUGCAUUGUACGGUUUAUAAAUCAAAGCAAACCUGUUAAAAUUAAAAACGAUUUAAAAAAA